GUUGUUUUUCGUUAGAGAGGAAAGCCAAACAAACGCAGAGAGACAGCAAGCGAGAAAACAAAUUCUUCGAGACAAAGAGAAGGAAAGAGCGAGAAAAUAAGGGAAAAUAGUUGCAGAGAAGGGGUUUCGUUUUCUACUCAUGGUCCCAAGGGGUUUCAGGUUCGGCAUUGUCAGCUCUCUGCAACAAUAGCUUCCCCCAUGUGACCUCCUCUCUGCCACUUCGUUUCUUCUAGAACAGAAAAGAAAAAUAAAACCUUAAAUUGCCUAUAUUUUGAGAGAGCGAAAUCAUUGACAAAGUUGUUACAGUUAUUAACAAAUAGAGAUAUAGAGGCAAGGCAUGAUGAGCGAAAAUCUCAUUUGGAGGGAACAGAUUUGAUCUUUGUAUCAACCGCAUUUCUGUUGGAAUCGAAGAAUUUGUUGAUGGUGCAUUGGCAUUUCGGUUUUGAGGGAAUCUAGGGUUUAUUGGCUUUACAUUGGAUCUAAAUCUGAUAAAUAUCUGUGGUCGAAAUGGUUGCUACACGAAAUCUACUGGUUGGAUCUUCCGUUUGGGUGGAGGAUCCUGAGGCAUCUUGGGUUGAUGGAGAAGUUGUGGAAAUUAACGGUGAUGGGAUUACUAUAAAUUGCACAUCAGGAAAGAAAGUUGUUGCUAAAGCAUCUGAUGUUCAUCCAAAGGAUCCUGAAUUUCCCACGUGUGGUGUGGAUGAUAUGACAAAGCUGGCAUAUUUGCAUGAGCCAGGGGUUUUGUACAAUCUUAAAUGUAGAUAUGACGAAAAUGAAAUCUAUACUUACACGGGAAAUAUAUUGAUUGCGGUGAAUCCUUUUCAAAGACUUCCUCAUUUAUAUGAUAAUGAUAUAAUGAGACAGUAUAAAGGGGCAGCCAUUGGUGAGCUGAGUCCACAUCCAUUUGCUGUUGCAGAUUCUGCUUACAGACAGAUGAUCACUGAGGGAAUAAGCCAGGCAAUUUUGGUUAGCGGGGAAAGUGGUGCUGGUAAAACAGAGAGUACAAAGAUGCUUAUGCGUUAUUUGGCCUAUAUGGGAGGGAGAGUGGCAGCUGAGGGUAGGUCUGUUGAGCAGCAAGUUUUAGAGUCCAAUCCUGUUUUGGAAGCGUUUGGUAAUGCCAAGACUGUCAGGAAUAAUAACUCAAGUCGCUUUGGCAAGUUCGUGGAGAUUCAGUUUGAUCAGAGGGGGAUGAUAUCAGGGGCUGCAAUUAGGACUUAUUUAUUGGAACGAUCCCGUGUUUGUCAAGUGUCUGAUCCCGAGAGAAACUAUCAUUGCUUUUACAUGCUGUGUGCUGCUCCUCAAGAGGAUAUUAAGAAGUACAAAUUAGGAGACCCUAGAACAUUUCAUUAUCUCAAUCAAUCAAACUUCUAUAAGCUGGAUGGAGUGGAUGAAUCUAAUGAGUAUCUCACUACUAGGAGGGCCAUGGAUGUUGUUGGGAUAAAUGCUGAUGAGCAGGAUGCAAUAUUUCGAGUUGUGGCUGCAAUACUACAUCUAGGUAAUGUUGAGUUUACAAAGGGAGACGAAGUAGAUUCUUCUAUACCCAAGGAUGAUAAAUCUUGGUUCCAUCUCAAGACAGCAGCUGAACUUUUCAUGUGUGAUGAAAAGUCUCUUGAGGACUCCUUAUGCAAACGUGUCAUCGUGACUCGUGAUGAGAGCAUAACAAAAUCACUUGAUCCAGCUGCUGCUACUGUCAAUAGAGAUGCUUUAGCCAAAAUUGUCUACUCGAGGUUAUUUGAUUGGCUUGUGAACAAGAUUAACAACUCUAUUGGUCAAGACCCCAAUUCUAAAUCUUUGAUUGGUGUUCUGGAUAUAUAUGGAUUUGAGAGUUUCAAGACAAACAGUUUUGAGCAAUUUUGUAUUAAUUUGACCAAUGAAAAGCUGCAGCAACAUUUCAACCAGCACGUUUUCAAGAUGGAGCAAGAAGAAUACACGAAAGAAGAAAUUGACUGGAGUUACAUAGAAUUCAUUGAUAAUCAGGAUGUCCUUGAUCUCAUUGAAAAGAAACCUGGUGGCAUCCUUGCUCUUCUUGAUGAAGCUUGUAUGUUUCCUAGAUCAACAAAUGAGACAUUUGCACAGAAGCUUUAUCAGACUUUUAAAGAUCACAAGCGCUUAAGCAAGCCUAAGUUGGCACGUAGUGACUUCACUAUUUCUCAUUAUGCUGGUGAUGUAACAUACCAAACUGAACACUUUCUGGAUAAGAACAAAGAUUAUGUUGUUGCAGAGCACCAAGCUCUCCUUAGAGAGUCCAAAUGCACCUUUGUCUCAGGCCUGUUCCCACCAUUACCUGAGGAUUCUGCAAAAUCAUCAAAGUUUUCAUCAAUAGGUUCUCGGUUUAAGCAACAACUACAAGCUUUGCUUGAAACACUGAGUGCCACUGAGCCACACUACAUUCGUUGUGUAAAGCCAAAUAAUGUUCUAAAGCCAGCCAUAUUUGAGAAUAGUAAUGUUUUACAGCAAUUACGUUGUGGGGGAGUCAUGGAGGCUAUUAGGAUUAGUUGUGCAGGAUAUCCAACUCGGAAGAUGUUCGAUGAAUUUAAAGCUCGUUUUAGCAUUCUGGGACCAGAUGUUCUCAAUGGGAGCUGUGAUGGACCUACUGCUUGCAAGAGGCUUUUGGAGAAAGCAAACCUUCAAGGUUAUCAGAUUGGCAAAACAAAGGUGUUUCUCAGGGCUGGUCAAAUGGCAGAACUAGAUGCUCGUCGAAGUGAGGUGUUAGGAAGAUCGGCUAGGAUCAUUCAGAGGAAAGUUCGUACAUAUUUUUGCCGCAAAAGCUUUCUCUUAUUGCGACAGUCUGCCAUUGAUAUCCAAACUGUAUGCAGAGGUCAAUUAGCACGCCAUCUGUACGAGUGCCUAAGAAGAGAAGCUGCAUCUCUGAAAAUCCAGAAACAUGCUCGGAGGCAUCUUGCAAGGAAAGCUUACAACAGGCUGUGCUCUUCAGCUGUUUCUAUUCAGGCAGCUAUGCGUAGAAUGGCUGCUUGUAAUGAGCUUCAGUUCAGGAGGCAGACAAGAGCUGCAAUUAUGAUCCAAAGUCAGUGCCGAAAAUACUUGGCCUCCCUUCACUAUUUGAGUUUAAAGAAAGCAGCAAUUACCAUGCAAUGUGCCUGUAGAGGAGAAGUUGCGUGCAGAGAACUACGGAAACUUAAAAUGGCUGCUAAAGAGACAGGUGCCCUUCAAGAGGCCAAAACUAAGCUGGAAAAGCAAGUUGAAGAACUUACCUGGUGUUUGGAGCAGGAGAAAAGAAUGAGGGCUGACCUUGAGGAAGCCAAAACACAGGAAAAUGCUAAAUUGCAUUCUGCUUUGCAAGAGAUGCAACUUGAAUUCCAAGAAACUAAAGCCCAGCUUAUUAAGGAAUGUGAGGCUGCAAAGAAAGAGACUGGACAAGUUCCUAUAACACAGGAGGUCUCAGUUGUUGACAAUGAAUUAGCGAAUAAACUUACUGCUGAGGUCUCAGUUGUUGACCAUGAAUUAGUGAAUAAACUUACUGCUGAAAAUGAGAUGCUCAAGGCUAUGGUCAGUUCACUAGAAAAGAAAAUUGAUGAAGCAGAGAGGAAAUAUGAGGAAACCAAUAAGCUCAGUGCAGAACGGUUAAAGCAGGCUUUAGAGGCAGAAACAAAGAUCAUUGAGUUGAAAACUGCCAUGCAGAGGCUUGAAGAAAAAAUUGCUGAUAUGGAAGAUGCAGAAGAAGUUCUGCGGCGGCACCAAGCAUUGUGUAGUUCAUCUGUCAAAAAAAUGUCAGAACAUUUAGCAAUUGCAUCUCAGCCUCUUGAGAAUGGCCAUCAUGUACCACAGAGUUCUUCACCAGCAAAAAAGUAUGGUACAGAUUCAGACAAAAAUUUUAGGAGAUCUCAGAUUGAACGGUUGCAUGAGAAUGUGGAUUCUCUGAUUAAAUGUGUGGGGCAAAAUCUUGGUUUUAGUCGAGGAAAGCCUGUUGCUGCAAUUACUAUAUACAGAUGCCUUGUCCACUGGAGAUCAUUUGAAGCGGAAAAAACUAGUGUAUUUGAUCGUCUAAUUCAGCUGAUUGGUUCUGCAAUGGAGAACCAGGAUAGCAAUGAUCAUAUGGCCUAUUGGCUAUCUAAUACAUCUACACUGUUAUGCUUACUUCAACAGACUUUAAAAGGAAGUCAAAAGCCGCCUGUUCCAACAUCAUUUUUUGGCAGGAUGACCCAAAGUUUCCGUUCAUCCACUUCCUCCGCUAACCUUAAGGUGGGUAAAGAUCCAGUACAGCUGGUUGAAGCUAAAUAUCCAGCUUUGCUGUUUAAGCAGCAGCUUACAGCAUAUGUGGAAACAAUAUAUGGAAUCAUUCGAGACAAUUUAAAGAAGGACUUGUCACCACUGCUUUCUUCCUGUACCCAGGCAUCCAGUGCAUCAGACGGAAAUGCUUUAGAGUCAGCUCCAGCUAGUUACUGGCACAAGAUUGUUGAGACACUGGAUGAGAUGCUAAACAAAUUCCAAGAAAAUUUUGUACCUCCAAUUCUUGUUCAGAAGAUCUUUACUCAAAUUUUGUCUCACAUCAAUGUUCAGCUGUUUAAUAGUCUUCUUCUUCAUCGAGAGUGCUGCACAUUCAGCAAUGGAGAAUAUGUGAAGGCUGGGUUGGACGAAUUAGAACUGUGGUGUGGCCAAGCAAGAGAUGAGUACAUAGGCUCAGCUUGGGAUGAACUUAAACAUACAAGGCAAGCUGUUGGAUUCUUGGUUAUACAUCAGAAGUCAAGAAUAUCCUAUGAUGAAAUUUCAAGUGACCUUUGCCCUGUCCUGAAUAUUCAACAGCUUUACCGAGUAUGCACGCUGUACUGGGAUGACAACUACAAUACUCAAAGCGUUUCCCCAGAUGUCAUUUCCAGCAUGAAAGCUCUGACAGAUGAUUCCAACAAUGAUGACAGCAAUUCCUUUUUGUUGAAAGAGGAUUCCAGUAUUCCUUUCUCAAUUGAACAAGUUUCUCUCCAAGACAAGGAUUUUUCAAAUGUAAAAGUUCCUUCAGACCUUCUUGAGAAUUCAGACUUCCAAUUUUUACAGGAAUAAGGCUGUGGUUCUUUUAUUGUUCUUUUUCCGUUUCAACAUUCCAUCAAGAUUCAACAGUUAUUCGAAAUUCCAGUCAAUGCCUUGCAGUAAAUCUGCCUCCAUGUUUUCUGUUUUUUUCUCCAUCAUUUUAACAUUCAUUGCCCCAGAUGUAAUAUUAUUCUGUCAAAUUAGAGUUGUAAAAAUCUCACUAGAUUGGUUCUCAUAGUUGAUGGGGCUUUACAGUUUUUUAGUUUAUUUUUUUAAUAUUUUUUUCAAAGCAUGUCUUUGCUUAAAGGUCAAUUGGACCUGCAUUCUUUCUAGGAUGGUAGGAAGGGAAAUUUUUUGUGCAGUAUGCUGGGAAGCUGAUCUUAGAAACUAUUCAGCCUCCCAAAUUUCAUGUUGUAAAAAGCCAUGAAACGAAACUUGAUAUUUAUAGUCAAAUAAAUUAUUGCGGGUCUUAUUUGUUCU